GUUCGCUUUGGGCUUUGUUUUUCACACACUUCCACAGUGCCUGUAGGUUUAAUUUUUGUUUAUAAAUUAUUGUUUUUUUUGCACUGGGAUUGCCUGCUUAAAUAUAUAAAUGCACGGUAUCAAAAAGUAUGGAGAGCUCUUUGACAUUUACAGGAAAAAUAAAAACACUUGUACUACUUGGCAUAUUACUCAUUGCCUUUAUAGGAUAUAAAAUGCAGGAAAGCGUGCAACAAAAUGAUGAUUUGGAUGAUUUAGAUAAUCUAGGUGAAGAGCUCCGGAUUAUUUUGGUGGGAGAAACAGGGGUGGGGAAAAGCGCAACGGGCAACACCAUCCUAGGAAAAAAAGUUUUCAAAUCCGAGAUAUCAUCCUCAUCUGUGACUGGACAAUGUGACAAGGUUUAUGAAAUAGUUCAUGGAAGAAAAGUAACAGUUAUUGAUACUCCAGGUCUGUUUCACACUAACUUAACUACAAAUGAAGUUGUCAACAGAAUCGAGCAGUGCACUUUAUUCUCUGCUCCUGGACCACAUGUCUUUUUAAUUGUAAUCAAAUUAGGCCGAUUUUUAGAUCAAGAUCUCGAAGCCAAUAGAAUUAUUCUAAACAUUUUGGGUAAAUCAGUCUCAUCAUCACACACCAUAACGCUCUUUACUCAUGGAGAUCUACUGAAGGAAAAAAACAUUCACACUUUUGUGCGUGACAAUCCAAGACUGGUCGAAGUAAUAAAAACUUGCAGUGGAAGAUUUCACGUGUUUAACAAUACAGAUAAGAAUCCACAUCAGGUCACUCGGUUACUGGACCAGAUUGAUAAUUUGGUGACUGGAAACGGUGGGCAGCAUUACACCAAUAAGAUGCUUGAGAGUGUGGAGAGAGCAAUUGAGGAAGAAAAACAACAUAUCAUAAAAGAGACAGAAGAACUGAGAAUGAAUGAGAUAAAAGCUCUGGGGGAUAAAUUUCAAGGUCAAGCUUUUGAAAAAGAAAAAAGAAAGGUGAUCAGAAAAUAUGAAGAAGAGGCAAGAUGGCAAGCAGAGAAAAACACUAUUCGUGUUCCAAGUGGUGGGUUCCCGUUUGUGAAUGAAAUAAAAAACUUUUUUUUUAAACUUGAAUGAGAAAUUAAAACCAAUCAUUUAAAUGAAAUUGAAUGCUGAAACUAGCUACACAACCUAAGCUAUAAGCAUAAAUCUUCAAACCAUAAAUCUAUUAGUUUUUAGGUAAUGUUGUUGCAUUAAUUUAUUACUAUUUAAGUUUCUGUCUCUUCAGAAAGAUACAUUUGUCUAUAAUGUUUCUAAUGAUCACCUAUGGAAAAAACAUCUGCUAAAAUAUAAUUCAGAUAGGGGUAAACAAAAACAAAGCACACAUUUAUAUCGUUAAGAACCAAAAUAUCUUUUGAAUAAGUAAGUAGGUGUUGUAAAUAUAUACAUGUUUGUAUCCUUAUAUUUUCAAAUUUCCAACUUGUCUUGUACUUUUUCUUUGUAACAUUGAAUCUUUAAGAAUAAACCCUGAUUAAUUGACUAUAUACUUAGUGUUCAGUGUGUUGCAGUGCAGUGAGAUUUUGUUUUUAAUGUGUACAUGACAGGUGGAU